AUUUCUAGCAGUCAUGUGACGUUCUGGAGUUCAGAGGUCCAGUUUGUUUUGAUUUCGCCCCUUAAAUGUUCACACAGUCACACAGUGGCCGGUGGCCUGCCUUCAGACUUAAGUUAGGUGUAGAGUUCGGACGAUCGGAUCGUUCCUGGACUUGCUUGCGCAAAUAACCUUUCGGACAUUCGGACUACAGUACUGAACGACUAAAUCACACUAUGGCUUUGAAAGAAUUCACAUUCACUGAAAAUUUUCAAGUCACUCCCCAAAUGAAAAGAGACUUUGAGGAGGCUGGAUACAUCAUUGUCAGAGGUCUUUUGGACAGAGAAGAGUGGCUUAAAGUGAAGGAAGCUCUUGAGAGCACCGAUGCUGUUGUGAAGAACUCAUUUACAAUCAAUGACAGUGAUGGCCGCAAGAGCCGAUUGUGUUUGUGGAGUCACCCUGGCAAUGAUGUGACGGGGAUGGUUGGGCGGUGCGAGAAAGUUGUCACCACUUCGGAGGAGUUGUUAGGCGGAGAGGUCUAUCACUAUCACACAAAACUGAUGAUGAAGGAACCUUACACUGGCGGGGAGCAUGUGUGGCACCAGGACUAUGGCUACUGGUACAAGAAUGGCUGCCUGUUUCCUGACAUGUUGACUGUCUUCAUUGCCAUAGACAAGUGCUGGAAGGAAAACGGCUGCCUUCAGAUUCUUGAAGGCUCCCACAAGUGCGGUCGUAUCGAACACCUGAUGGUCGGUGGACAGACUGGGGCUGAUUUGGAUCGUGUCGGGGAACUCAAGAAAGUCCUUCCCCUGCGCUUUGUGGAACUGGAGAAAGGCGAUGCCUUGUUCUUCCACUCCAACUUACUGCACACCAGCGCCCCCAACCAGAGUCCCCACCGCCGCUGGGCCUUCCUGUGUGCCUACAACCGCGCCAGCAACAACCCCGUCAUCGAGCAUCACCACCCUCAGUACACGCCGCUGGUCAAGGUGCCGAAUUCAGCUAUCCGAGAGUGUACGAACCUGACGGAUGUUUCUGGCAAAGAUUUUUUGGACCCCUCAAAUGACAAGACCCUUCGCAUUGACAAGAAGGAUGAAUAAACCUCUAGUGUAAGUUUGAAUCUAAGCCGUGUACAGGAAUUCAUUUGAGCUUGUGAUUUACAGUGAUUAUAUAAGGGUUGUACACUUGGUCUCCUGUCCAAAAGAAAUCCAGUUCAAUUUAUUCUUACUAGUCUAGAGGUCUUGCUAAUGGUUCUUUCUAAAUAAUGCUGUUUUUACUUUACAUGAUAAUAGGCAUUGGUUUUGCACUGUGCUCUUGAAAUAUAUGGAAGGGUUAUGGAGCAAAUCUAAAUAAAGCCAUGGAAGCUUCAAAUCUUGCUGGAAAUUGGUGCUGUCACAUUAUGUGACAAAUGAAGCAUAUCAUAUUCAAGUUGGUUUUUUUGUUUUUUAACCCCCCGUUAAUGAGUCCAGCAUCUAGAAAAUGAUGCUUGCUUAUCUGACAAUACCACACAGGUCUUCCUAGUGAUCAAACUCACCACUGAAUUUAUUUAUGGGAUAGAUCUAGAUAAUUGUAAGAAAUGAAAGGGUCUUUUUUUUUACUGAGUUAAUAUGGAGAUGCCACAUUUUAGAAAAGAAUGAUAGAAGUCAUAUGUAUAAAUUUGAUGUCUGAAGGAUGUAUUGUAACCGGGAAAAAAUCAAAUAACUCUAAUGUAACUGCCUGGGGAUCCUCUCAAUAUUUCCUUUUUUUCUUUUUCCCCCUUUGUCCAAGUUAGUCAUCUCUCUCACAAUAAGUAUCCACACCAGAUGUUUUCCACUGCUGUUGUUCCUCUCUUAUCCCAAUUGUACAACCCUCUACUUGAUUUACACAAAAGGGCAAUGAGGUAUUAUAUAGUCCUAAUAUGCAAUAAAUAUGUGCACAAAAGUACAAUGCUAUUGAUGUUGCAUGCAACCCUCUGAUUGUCUUGAAUAAUGAUUUCUAUAAAUGAUUGUUAAUGAUUCAUGUGACUGGGGUUUGUUUUUACAUGCAAUUUGUUGUAUUUGAGAAGUAAAAUGACUUUUGGUUGUUGCAUUUUUUUUUUUUUUGGUGCUGAAAAGGAUAGUACAUUUCUAUUGUUGUUGAUUAAGGAAUUCUUAGGAAAUGAAUGCUGGUCAAUUGCUUCCUUACUGUUGAUUUCAGUAUCUAAAGAAUUGUACACAGGAGGCCAGUUCAGAAUAAAACCUGUAUGAUGGAUUAUUCGUCCCGACAAAUGCUUGGAUUUUUUCGACACCUUACCCCAAAUUUGUGAAGACAAAAACCUAAAAAACAAGGGGCAAAACUGUGUUCCUCUUAACAUUUGGUAAUGAAAUAUGUUGACUAUUGAUAAUAAGUUACAUCAUGUUAAAAACUGAAACGUAAUCAGAAAUGUGUUUUGUUUUUACUUGUUAUUUGCUUGUGCAUAGUCAGCGUGAAUAGAAGAUUGCUUUGCUUUGUUGAUUUUGUUGAUUAUACAUAUAAACCAAAAGUAGUCAGUAUUUGUGACAAAACAUGUCUAUGUUUAAUGCAUGUUCCACAAUAAAUAAAAAAAAUUUUUAGAAGAAAAAAAGAUAUUUGUUAAAUUUCUACAUGUUAUUAUACAUAAUCUAAAUUGUAUAAAAAUACAUUGCUUGUUUUCAUAAAAUGUAAAGUCUUCAUGAAUCAGCUUUACCUUCAAACAUUUUUUCCAGUCAUAUUUAUCUGAUUAGUAGCUUGUUGCCUAUAUUAUAGGUAUUUAAAUAUAGUCGAACCUGAUCUAAUGGCUACCUGUCCAAGACAACCACCUGUAUUUUAAAAAAACACUUCCUACUUCCUCCAUUGUGUUUUCUUUUAAAUGUCGUAAUGACACUAUCCAAAGUGCCCAUCUGUCUUUGACAACCGUUUUUUUCUCCACGACAAUGGGUGGCAGUCUUGGACAGAUUCGACUAUCUGUUUUUUUUGGAAGCUUUGAUACAAUUGCACAUUUUUCCUUCCCAGAUAAAAAAAAAAAAGAUAUUGUUUAUCAGAUGUCAGCCAAAUACAGCCCACCAUUCAAAUUAUAUUUAACACAAAUUCAAGAUAACAUAUAUUCUUCUUCCUUGUUACUUAAAAAUUUAUUUUUUAGUAAAGCUUGCACUAUAUAACGUGACCUACUGAGUCAUUCAGUGUCUUUAGCUACUUGUGUGUAUUGUUUCAAUUUCUGUGAUGGGAGAAUGCUAUAAUAGCUUUGAAUCAUGAAGAACUUUUUAAACAUUGUUCAUUGUUGUUUAACCAUCUGGUACGAAGUUCCUGGGGCCCAUAUAAUGAUUGUUUUUGUUUUUUCAUUGUUGUUUUUACAUGUAUUAUUACUAUUUAGUAUUAUCAUUGGCACAUAUAAGUAUCAAUAACAUUAACUGUCUUAUCUCCUUUCUUUCUUUUUUAUCUUUCUUUUUGUUUAGCUUAUUUGUAACCAGAAUUGUGCUGGUUUUUCCCUCCCCUGCAUUCUUUAUGCACAAAAGUCCUCUACUUGAAAUACAAAUUAUGAAAAUGACCA